AUGAAUGGCAUCAUACAGAGCAUACUUUUAUGUAUUGUCAUUGUGGAAAUCAUAAUAGGAUGCUUUGGAAAUGGAUUCAUAGCCCUGGUGAACUGCAUCCACUGGGUCAAGAAAAGAAAGAUCUCGGCAGUGAAUCAAAUACUUACAGCCUUGGCUUUCUCCAGAAUCUCCCAUCUUUUGACUUUCCUCACAUAUUUAUUUCUUUCUACACUGUACUCAGACUUGCUGCUAAAUACAAUAUUGGUAAAACUGUUAAAUUUUCACAUUAUUUUCAGCAAUCAUUUUAGCAUGUGGCUUGCAGCAUGCCUUGGCCUUUUUUAUUUUCUUAAAAUAGCCAACUUUUCUAACUCUAUUUUUGUUUACUUAAAGAUGAGAGUUAACCAGAUGGUUUCAGGGACUUUGCUCAUGUCUUUGGCCUUCUUGUUUCUAAAUACUCUACUGAUAAACUCAUACAUUGAUAGCCAGAUAGGUGGCCACAGAAGAUAUCUGCUGUACAGUUUCUCUUCAAAUGACACUGCAGCAUUUUACAGGGUUAUUUUAAUCAUUAACUACUCUAUUUUCACUUUCCUACCCUUCGUGAUUUCCCAGUCCACUUUUCUCCUGCUCAUUUUCUCCCUGUGGAGACAUCAUAAGAGGAUGCAGCAGCAUACAGAAAGAUGCAGAGAUGCCCUUGCCAAUGCCCACAUCAAAGUCUUAAAACCCAUGAUCACCUACGUCCUUCUCUGUUCCAUUUACUUUCUGGCUCAUUUAAUACAAAAUUUGAAAACUGAGUUGUUGGAGAACAUUUUUUAUAUUAGGUGCUGCCAGAUUGCUGCAUUAACUUUUCCUUCAGGACACUCAUGUGCCUUGAUCUGGGGAGAUACAAAGCUGAGACAAACCUCUCUUUUUGUGCUAUGGUGGCUGACGUGCAGGUUCAAAGAUGUUCACACCGUGGGUCCCUAA